AUGGCUUCGUCUUCGACCGACAUCGCCAACGAUGGCAGCGGCAGCGGCAGCUUGUCCAGCUCGAUACAGGAGCGCCUCUUCCAGCGCUUAUUGACCUCGGUUCUUCCAAACGACCAUAGUCUCGAUGGCGACUCGUCGGGCUCGGUCAAAGAUCCCCGGCCCGACACGGCGGAGCGCCCCGCCUUUAGUCUCACCACGAUGUCGCACAACUUCCGGCGCUUCAACUCGCGGGUUGGCAUAGUCUUUAUUUUCCAGCACCGUCUGCUGCGACUGCUACAGUGGAAGACGCCUAGCCACACACUGUCCCUGUGCCUUAUCUACACCUUUGUCUGCCUAGAUCCGUAUUUAAUAUUCGCACUACCCCCCGCCGUGAUACUCCUCUUCCUGAUGGUGCCGUCGUUCGUCGCGCGCCACCCACCAGUUCCCAACAGCGUAUACACAGCGUCGGGGCCCGCUAUAGCUCCGCCGUCCGAAGUCCGCGCCGUCUCUGAGAUCAGCAAAGAUUUCUUCCGCAACCUCCGUGACCUGCAAAACACCAUGGACGACUUCACGCUGAUGCACGACAAGACGAUCGCGCUGAUCGGGCCGCCGACGAACUUCGCGGACGAGAAGCUCAGCUCUGGCGUCUUCCUCGCGCUCUUCUUCAGCAGCAUCGCACUAUUCAUAUCCGCGCACCUCCUUCCCCUCCGCUUGAUCUUCCUCGUCCUCGGCUGGACGUUCAUGGCGCUCGCGCACCCGGCGCUGCAACGGGUGGUCAUAGAAACGCACGCGGCGCACCUAGCGCCAAAGGAGCGGCGUGCGGCGGAAGCCGCCGACUCCUGGGUGCACGCCGACAUCACGCUGUCGACCGUGCCCGAGACGCGCGAGGUCGAGAUCUUCGAGCUGCAGCAUCGCACCACCAGCGGCGAGUACGAGCCCUGGAUGUUCACGCCCGCGCCGUAUGAGCCGCUGAGUCCCGCACGCAUCGCCGAGGAGCGCCCGAAGGGGAGCAGGUUCUUUGAGGAUGUUAGACCCCCCAUCGGGUGGGAGUGGUGCGAGGGGAAGUGGACGCUCGAUCUUGGGAGUACGACGUGGGUUGCUGAGAGGUGUAUUGUCGGUGUCGAGGUUGAGGAGGAGGGCGAGAGGUGGGUGUUUGAUCAGGAGAGGGAGGUGACUUCAGACUCCAGGCAUCAGCCAAGCCGUGCCAUGUUUAUAGAAGGAUCGGACUGGCCAGCGGGAGGCCCCACAUCGGCCGACGGCAUCAAGGCCCAGGCUGGGUGGAGAAGAUGA